AUGGAGAACCAGACUGUUGGUGCAGAUAUUCUGCUCCUGGAGGGGUUAAAGGUCAGCCCACAGUCCACUGUUCCUGUCUUUGUCAUCCUCCUCCUCAUCUACAUCUUCAUCAUGGUGUCCAACAUUGGCCUGGUGCUGCUGAUCUCCAUGGAGAGGAGCCUCCACCAGCCUAUGUACCUUCUCUUUUGUAACAUGAGCGUGAACGACGCGUUUGGCUCCACGGCGCUCAUUCCUCGCCUCCUGAGUGACCUUUUAGUCUCCGCCACAGAGCGCUACAUUCAUUACAUCGACUGCGUUGUCCAGGCUUUCUGCCUCCACCUGAGCGCCAGCAGCUCUCACACCGUACUCAUAAUCAUGGCCUUCGAUCGCUACGUGGCCAUCUGUAACCCUCUCCGAUACGCCACCAUCAUGACCAGCAGGAUGGUGGUUAAACUGUCAGCGUCGGCGUGGCUGGUGUCCUUCGUUAUGGUGUUGGUCCUCAUGAGCCUCAGCGUGCGGCUGUCACGCUGCAGGGCAGCCAUUUUCCACCCGUUCUGUGAUAACGCCUCUUUGUUUAAACUGUCCUGCGAGAGCGUCCUCAUCAACAACAUCUACGGCCUCGGAUACACUGUCAUCCUGCUGGGCACCUCCAUCGGCAGCGUCACACUCACCUACCUGAAGAUCGCCGCAGUGUGCGUGAUCAGUAAGAACAAAGCCCUGAACAGCAAAGCGCUGCAGACCUGCUUUACCCACCUGGCCGUCUACAUCAUCAUGUUAACGUCAGGCAGCGUCAUCAUCUCCCUCCACCGAUUCCCUCACCUGUCUUAUGAGAGGAAACUGGCGUCCAUCCUGUUCCACGUGGUUCCUCCUGCGAUGAAUACCAUCAUCUACGGGCUGCAAAUCAAAGCGGUCAGAGAGAAGAUCCUCCUCGUGUUUUCACGGAAAACAGCGACUGUGGCGGGGGAGAGAAAAUGA